AUAUAUAUAUGAAUAUAAUUCCCCCGUUGACGAGAGGAGAGGGUCAGUCGGCGGGAGACGCGCGUCCCCGAUGGACUCCAGCAGGCGUGUGACCUCGGCGAUCACCGGGCGGCCAGCCGGAGAGACAGGAGGAGGAAGAAGAGGAGAAAGAGGAGGAGGAGGAGGAGGAGAGCCCCGAUGUUUUCCUGCGGAUUCCUCGAGACGCAGCGCGCAGGAGAGCGUCUCCCGGCGCACGGGCGGCAUGCACGAGUAGCAGCACAAAUCUGACCACGAAUCUGCUGGAGCCAGGGGGAUUUUAUUUUAUUUUUUCUUCAUCAUGGCUUCGGGCGCCGGUAAGGCUGCACAGCCCUGCGGGCCUGCGGGCUCCGCCGUGAACGGGACUGCGGCAGACUUCCCCAACAUCGAGCAGGAGCUGUACGACUACCAGAUGCACAGCAAGAUGUGCAAGAAGAUCGCGCAGCUCACCAAGGUGAUCUACUCCCUGAACAUGAAGAAUGAGGAGCAGGAGUCGGCCCUGCAGGCCCUGAGCCACGCACACCACGACGAGCUGCACCGCAUCCUGGUGGAGACGUGUCACGAAGGAGAGGGGUCGGGGCUGAGGACGCGGCUCCUGGAGCUCCAGGAGUCUCUGGACGAGCAGCAGCGAGUGGGAGCCCAGGUUCAGGCUGACUUUGAGUGCUUCCGCAUCCAUGCGGAGGAGAGGGGGCGUGAGACCGAAGCAGAGCUGAGAAAAAGGUUUGAGGAGAAGCUCCGGGUGGCUGAAGAAGAGCUCCGGGAGGCGCGGGCUGAGCUGGGCGGCGCCCGGGAGGAGAGCCUGAGGCUGGGCACGGAGCUGGAGACGGCCGGGGAGCAGGUCCGGGAGCUGAACGCCAGAUGUGAGGAGCUGCAGAGAGAGGCCGACGAGGAGAAAACCAGGAGAGACGGGGAGCAGAAAAGAGAAGACGAGGAGAGGGAGAAACUCAAGGAGGAGAGGAGGACGGAAAAGCACGAGGACUUGGAAAGAGCGAAAACCCUCUUGGAGGAGCUGAAGGCGCUGAAGGAGGCGAGGGAGCGGGCGGAGGACGAGAAGAGGCGCGCGGUCAAAGAGGAGCGGGAGCAGUGGGAGGAGAAGGUGAACGACCUAAACGAGGAGCAGGAGGACAUGAGGAGGAAAAUAGAGGCGGAAUGGAGGGAGGACCGGCAGAGGUGGGAGGAGAGGGAAGAGGAGGAGAAGAAGGGGAUGCACAGCGCCCUACGAGAACGAGUGAAGCGGGCCGAAGCGGAGGUGGAGAGUCACCUGGAGAGGCUGGCUGAGAGCAAGAGGAACACGGUGAAGCUGCAAGAGCGAAUACAGGACCUCGAGGAGGAGCUGGAGCUGCAUCGGAAACUUGUGUCUGAGGCGGAGGGCGGAGCCAAACGGGCGGAGGAGGAGCUCGCCGUCGCCAAAGAGAGGCUGCUGCUGCAGGAGGACGAGCUGCAGAGCAGAGCAGAGGAGCUGUUGAAUCGAGGCGGCUGUGAGGUGUGUGUGUGUACUGAAGUGGAUGAGCUGAGGAGCCAGGCCAGCCGUCUGCAGAGCAGGAACAGAGAGCUGGAGCUGCAGAGCAGCGGCAGAAACAGCGACCACGCCCGGCAGAUUCGCCAGCACGCUGAAGCCCUGUCCAGUCUGCGCUCGGAGAUGGUGAGAGCCCAGACGGAGGAGCUGCGUCGCAUCCAAAAGCACGCGGACGACGAGCGGGACAAACUGCAGAAAGAGAUAGAGAAAGAAAGGGAAAAAAUGCAGAAGGAGAGGGAGCAAGAAAGGGCUCAGUUCGAGAAGGACAGGAGCCGACUGCGCAGAGAAAGAGACGAGGAAAAGGAGGCGAAGCACAAAGAGGUGGAUGAGGUCAAAGAACGUCUCAGGAGGGAGAAAGAGGAAGAGCUGGACCGGCAGCGCAAGGAACUGGAGGUGGAGAGGGUCCGCGUUCGCUCCCAGCUGGACAAAAACAUUGAACAGGUCGAGCUGGAGAGAGCCAACGUGCAGCAGAAACUGGAGGAGGAGAAGAGGAGACUGGUGGAGAAGGCCGAGGAGGACAGGAGGCGACUGAAGGAGCAGGUGCGGAAGGCCAUAGAGGAGGUGAUGAGGAGACACGCGGCCGAAUUAAACAGCGUCCAAGAGGCUCUGAGCUCGGAGAGGAAAACCAACCAGGAGGUGUGUUUGCGUUCUGAGGAGGAGAGGAAGGCCGGCGAGGAGCUUCGCAGAGGGCUGGAGAAGGAAAGAGAGGAGCUGCGGACGUCGCUGAAGGAUGCCACCACCGAGAUCCGGCGGCUGGAGGCGGCCAUCCAACGGAACGACGGUAAGGACAAGGCGGCCCCCGACGCGCCGCACUCGUGCGGGCCGCAGUGCUCCCGUCUGCAGGAGGAGCUCCAGCAGGUUCAGAGUCGGCUGGGCCGGGUUCAAGGGGAGGCCGACAGGCAGCGAGACAGGCAGCAGAGAGAGCUCGCGUCGCUGAAGGCUGACAAGCAUCGACUGGAGGAGAAAAUCCUGGAACAGAGCCGGAUGAACACGGAGAGGAGUCUUCUGGAGCAGAGUCAGCGGCACGUGGAGGACCGGAUCAGGGCAGAGUGUGAAGAGCGUCUCAGAGCCGAGUUCAGAAUAGAGAUGAAUGCCGCCGUCGCCGAGAGCGAACAGAGGUGGCAGGACCGGGAGCAGGAGCUGCAGACGCAGACGUCCGAGCUGCAGGACCAGCUGAGCGAGCUGCAGGCGCAGGCGGAGAAGAAGAAGGGGGGGCAGGGCGACGAUUGCCACGGCAACCCUGAAAUUGACAGGCUGAGAAAAGAGGUCCAAGAUACGAAGGAGAUAAACCAGAAACUGAGGGAGCUGCUGCAGGAGCCCCAAAGCCCGUCUUUAACUGAGGAGAGACACAAUCAUGGCAUGGCGCUCCAGGCGUUGGAGAGGCAGGCCAAAGAAGAUCUGCUGUCUGAGAGGAACAGACUUCAGACAAUGCACCACCUGGAGAUCGAUAAGCAGCGUGCGGAGCUGACCCAGCAGCACACGGAGUGGAGUCGACAGAUGACCCAGAGGCACAUGCAGCAGAUCGAGGACCUGCAGGCGCAGCUGGAAGCACACACGCAGAUGAUGGCGCUGCAACAGGACCUGAAGCAGCAGAACCAGUAUCAGGUGUUUGAGCGGCAGCUGGACGAGAGCCGCUGUGCCAUGCAGGAGCUUCAGAGGGAAAAUGCAGCGCUGAAGAAGCAGUUAAAGGAACGGUCGGUGCAGAAGAAUCCUGAAGUUGAGGAGAAAGAAGAGGACACUGUCGAAAUAAGGAAGAAGAGAGACGCUCAGCUGGAAGAAGAAGCACAACGUCUGAAGGAGGAGGUGGAGAAGCUGCGGGUGGAAAUGGAGAAACUCGAAGAGUCCCAGAAACACUGGGAGGAGAAGAAGGAGGACGACAUAAAAGAAGAGGAGCUGGACGAGGAGAAGAAGAAGGAACGUGAGGAGGAGAAGAGGAAAGCGGAGUUGGAGGAGAUCAAGAAGGAGCACAAGAAGGAGAUGCAGAGUUUGGUGUCUGAAUACAGCAGCGCUCAGAACCACCUGCAGGCGCGAAUAGUGGCCCUGGAGAACGAGCUGCGCGAGCGGGAGGAACGGUGCAGGAGGAGGGAGCCGCGAUGCGACGACCUGCAGCUCGGGAGACUCCAGGAGAGACUCACGGAGAGAGACCAGCUCAUUAAACGACUGGUGGAAGAGAGGCAUCAGCUGCAGCUCCAUCCUCCUGUCGCCGAGGACAACAGCUCCCUCAGGCUCCGUGACAGCAAGUCCCGCCCCGGGAGCGUCACGCCGACCAUGAGGGGGUCCAUACCUGGAGCCGAGGGGGACAGAAGGGCUGAAACAGGAGUGGUUCACCAAAUACUUCUCCUUCUGAGCACAAAUACACACGAAGAAGCACAUACAGCUGCUGCAAGUACAUCACAUAUCCAGUUCAUUGCUUCUUAUACAAGGACAUAUCGCUUCCUACACACACACACACAGACACACACACACGGACAUAACUACAUCAAAAGAUUUAUGGGCUCAUCACCAGCAAGGCCAUCUCAAACAUUGCCUCUAAGCUCAACCAAAAAGUGCUUCUCGACACAUGCCUGACCUCUUCUCAGAACGUAAGCCUGCCCCGUCUUAUUUGUAUAGUUUGAAAUGUCCCCACAUCCUUUUCUAAAAGGAAGUCUUCCUGUUUUUAAUGCAACUGCUCUUCUGAUCCCGUCACACAAUUAUUCCAGGCAAGUGUUCAUUUUUAUUUUUCAUUUUUUUUUUACUUUUCUUUUUUAAAUCAACUACAAAGUGUCUGUUCAAGUAUGAAAGCAUUCAACAUAUUUAAUCACGGAUCAACAACACGAUGGCCAUCUCAUCGAACCAAAAUGAAGCUUGUUUUACUGCAAGACUGUAUAAUAAUCCUGAUGAAGAAAUUGAAUAAACAUAUUUUGUUUUUGUAAGUGCUUCUUUUUUGGAGGAACGCAGAUGUUUUUGUGCCGUUUUUUUUCAGCAACUUUGUAAAACUGAAAUUUAAACGGAAACAGGCUGAAAAAAAGAGUUUCAAUCUUUUCAUGGGAUUUAAUGAAAGUGUUUGGAAUUGGUGGUAAUAAACAGGAAAUUAGCAACAUUGCAGGUAAACUGAUAAAUAAAUUAUAGAUGUAUACAAAUAUUUUACAGCACAA